AAUAUGCUGAAAACGUUGCAAAGCUGAAAGUAUGUAUCUCUAAAAUGCACCGCAAUAAUCUCAAAAAAUUGCUUUUCAUUGUGUAAUGGACAAUAUUAAUAAUAUAACUCAUCAGGAGUGUCUAAAACGUGAUCUGCACUCAUCAUGGUCAUCAGUAUAUAUUUGUCUACAGGACCUGAGGAGUAUGGUGGGGCUGUGGCUCUGUUUGUCUCUGGGACAGUGCGGUAUAAGUCCAGAAUUUCGGGGGACAGAUUUAGGAAUACUACCUAUGGACAACUUCACUCUGUCCCAGCCGAUAUCAUCGGAGCCUGAUUUAUCCUACUGUCAGAUGAUUCUGGAGGCGCCGGUUCCUCCGACUGCAGAUCAGGUGCCCUGGUACUGCAUCUGCUCCGCCUGCUCGGGAAACAGAGGACAGAAAGGAGACAGAGGAGACCGCGGACUCACAGGAGCUCCUGGCAGUCCGGGUCCAAGGGGUCUCACUGGACUUCCUGGCCGUCCAGGAUUCAGAGGACCUCCUGGAAUAAAGGGUGAGAAAGGAGAUAUUGGAGAUAAGGGAGACUUGGGUCUACCUGGAACUUCGGGGUCAAAGGGUGAAAGGGGCAGCAAAGGUGAAAAGGGUGACCAAGGUCUGGAUGGUCCUUCUGGAGAACCAGGCCCAAAAGGAGAAGAUGGUCAAUGCCCGCAAAGCUGUGCACCCAUACCUGGACAAGAUGGUGCACCUGGUCUUCCUGGGCUUGUAGGUGCACGUGGGUUACCUGGUCUGAAUGGAGACCUUGGACCCAAAGGGCAGAAGGGAGAUCCGGGUGUGGCAGGCGGACCUGGCACUCCAGGUGACACAGGGCCAAAGGGUGACCAAGGUCCACAGGGCCUGUGCAAUUGUCAUGAUGGGGCUCCAGGAGCCCAGGGUCAAAAGGGAGACAAAGGUGAUAAGGGAGAUAAUGGUUUGGCAGGGGCACAGGGUGUGAAUGGAACCAUAGGCCCUAAAGGUGCCAAGGGGGACAUGGGAUUGGCUGGCAUUCCUGGACCUUGCUCACCUACAGUGCAAUCUGCUUUCUCUGCCACUAUUACCACCCCUUAUCCUGCACCAAACCGCCCCGUUCUUUUCAAACGUGUAAUCUACAACUUAAACCAGAACUAUAGCCCUGAUAAUGGUGUGUACACAGCCCCUAUUAACGGAACAUACGUGUUUAGCUACAACUUACAAGUGUCUACCCGUAUGCUGAAGGUUGGACUCUUCCGCAACUUUGAGGCCGUGGUGAGGACAACUACACCGGUGGAAAUGAACACCGCUUCUCAGCAGGUGGUGAUGGGUCUGGGUCAAGGUGAUUGGGUGUGGUUGCAGGUGAAAGACAGCACCACUAAUGGCAUUUUCACUGGCACCGAGUCCAGCAGCACAUUCAGUGGGUACCUAUUGUACCCUGACAGAUGUGAUGACAUGUUGUCAAGAGAUUUCAUGGAAAAUGAGUUCCCCACUACAGACCUUAACUGGGAGUAGAGACCUACAUCUGCAUCCCACACUCUACUACUUAAACUCCUAGUCAAUCUCUACUUUCUAAACCAGCACACAAAUACAGAAAACACACCUUAACCAGCUAAUCGAUGUGUUCAGGAAUACUUUAAACUAACAGGCAAGUGUUUUAAAGCAGAGUUGGCACUAGAGUCUGAAGAAUAGUAGUCGGCCAGGAAUAGGGUUGACUAACACCAGCUUAGACCUACACCCAAAAUGUAUUCGAAAACUUAGACCCAACUUUCUGAAUCUAAACUUUUAUCUACUCCUUAGACAUUCACAUUAAACUGCUGGUGUAAGGUGAAAAAAUCUAAUUUUUCUACUUCAAAGUAGACCUAUAUACAAGACUCCUAGUUCAAACUAAUCUUCACCCUAGACCUGCACCCUCAUCCAUUGGCUACAUCCAAACAUCUAAUCUUAAAGUUUUAUCUACUCCCCCGGGGUACCUCUAAACCUUCAACCUACACCCCACAUUCUACAAUCUAGACCUUCACCCAAGUGUCCUAAUCUAAACUUUUAUCUACUACUAAACCUGAUAGGCUUGACCAAAGCUUCUAAACCCAAACAUAUAUCUACUUCCUCCCAGUCCCUGAAGGCUGUCCCUAAAUUGUUCACCUUCACCCAACAUUCUUAACCUUCAACUACACACAGACACAACUUUGACCUCCCAAAGGGCUGUCCCCAAGACACUUCACCUAAACCUACAUUCAAAACUUUCAACAACAACUUAGACUUACACCCAAGAUUCUUAACCCAAUCUUUUAUCUAUUUCACCCUGAUGACUGUCCCGAAAACUCUUCACCUAAACCCAACAUUCAAAACUUUCAACAACAUCUUAGACUUACACCCAAGUUUCGUAACCCAAUCUUUUAUCUACUUCACCCAGAGGGCUGUUCCUAAAACUCUUCACCAAAACCCAACGUUCCAAACUUUCAACUAUAACUUAGACCUACCCCCACAUUUCUUAACCCAAUCUUUUAUCGACUCCUCCCUGAGGGCUGUCCCAAAACUCUUCACCUAAAUCAGGGGUGUCCAAACUCGGUCCCGGAGGGCUGGUGUUCUGCAGAGUUUAGCUCCAACUUGAUCAACACAGC